AUGUUGUCGUUGCGUCAGGGGAAGCCACUUACAGUCUUCGACAGCUACGCGGGGAUCGGAAAUUGCAAAACUGAAUCGGUGUCGCCGACUCGCUCAACUCUUCAUCCGUCCUUGUCCAUGAUUAUCCGUGGACCAUAUAUCUCUGCAAGAUUUAGCCUUGCUAGAUGCAUUGCAACAGCAGCCAGGCCUAUGCAACUGGAUCCACAGACCUGUAAUGAUUCUCGAACCAACGCCUGGUUGAAACGGGGUGGCUUUUCUUGGAAGCAACAUGCAUGGCCGUCAUGCUCCGCGUCCUGUUCAGCAAUGGCACCCGAUGGGCGGACUGAACAGAGUGGACAUUUUAAUGCCAAGCAACCAGUGUAUUGGACAAUUUGCGCAGGUACUGCCAAAAAUUUUCCUUGGCAAUUUAACCAGGUGAACGCACGAGAUAGCAGGGAGAGGCAGCUCUCCCUGUGGCAAGCUAAGGGUGUGGCGUGAAGAAAUCUUUACAUUGCGUGUCAGGGGAAACCGCUUGGAGCUACCAUGAACCGGAAAAUAGAGAGUUGAAUCCGUGGGGCAAGUCUUGAUUAAUCCUUGCACAUGUUGG